AUGAAGAAUACCGAAGAUACCUCAAGUGACGAAAGCGCCACCUGUUAUAAAACAGAAGACUUGUCCACAUACAGUAAGGUGCUGUGUCUGUACACUAGGGAACCUGAUUCCUAUCAACUGUAUGCCAUAGAAGAUAAACAAAGUGCUUGCUUUUCCCAAAGGUGGGAGAAAUUCCUUGAGCUUUUGAAGCAUACGGUCAGCAGAGAAAUUGGGACCUCAGGCAUAUCCGAGCGUACUAUUGAGGCGGAGGCGGCUGUUGAAUUUACGUGUCUUCAGGGAGUACCAAUAAAGGUAACAGAGUUACGUCGUAACGAUGAAGGACAAACUCGGGGUAUCAUUACCAUAAUCGAAAACGAGAAUGACUUUAGUCAUUGGAUGAUUUCUCAUAUUUUGGAGCAAACCAGAAUGGAUCUCGACGAGAAACCCGCGGUAGGGCAUGGUAAGCUCUAUGCUGAAAUGUUCACGGACUAUUUUGCUCAGAAUCUCAAAAACACAACAAAAAAUGAUCAAUGGGGGGAAGGCGGACGCGAAUAUUUCCUUGAAAAAACAAGGUAUUUUACCGACAGAUUCUUGAAAAUAGAGUGUAUUCUACCAGCAUUUCCUUGCAAGUCUUCCAACAUUGAAAAGGUACAUGGUGUCUUCCCUGAUAAAGGCGAGGAGUUGGCGCUCAGAAGAUUAGCUGCUGCCACGCAGGAGGUGCGCAAAUUUUAUCCUCCUGGGAUGAAGAUUUGGAUAGUCAGUGACGGCCACGUUUUCAGCGAUUGCAUUGGUGUGGAUGACGACGUUGUUGAUGAAUACACUGAUCGGCUGCACGGAUUUUAUCAAAAUUUGGCUGUUCCCGGAAAUGAUGCCAUUGGCUUUGCGGGGCUGAAAGAGCUCUUCUUUACAGGCGAAACUGUGUUGGAUUUUGACGAAGAAAUGGUGUCAGACAUCGAGCUCCCUCAUUACACAGGCUCGAAGAUUUGCGAAAACUCUGAACUAUCCAGAAGAAUCCUUAUGAAGGGGUUUGAUACUGAUGAUGGUAGUUUGAGAAAACAAAUCCUUAUUCCAGGGCACCCAAGAUUGCACUUGUUUAGAGGCUUUUCAAAGUUCAUGAUCGACGACCUCUCUCACUUGGCACAUUUCAAAAAUGUUUCAAGAAAGUGUUUCAAAAAAGUGGUCUCCAAGGUGGCAUUCGAAAUGAUCAAGAGGAACGAUGCCUACUCAAACCUUGUGGAACUUUUGUUUCCACACCACAUGCGCUUCUCUAUCCACGCGCACACUAAUUCAGGCCCAAAGUUCGGAGUAAAAAUAAUUUCGGGUAACCAGUGCAGAACUGUCAAGUCUUUAGAAAGUCUAGACGAGCCGUCCUUCGAGGAUUUGCUACACAUCCCAACGCCAUGGCACAACUGCGUCAUAAAACUAGGAGACGCGUAUUAUCUGACAAAAUCGAAAGUUGUCUUUGAAGCUAUUACAAGCGGUCUGUAUGAAGGGCAGUGGAAAGAAGGUGGAGAACAGAAAAACCUUGGAGGGCACUUUGUCUUGAAAAAGAAAAUGCAUGUCCAAAAGCAGAUGUAA